AAUUACUUUAAGACUUGUGAUAAUAAAACGAAAAUUUUGAAGUUAAAAAUUUUCAAUUACAGAAAGGUAAAUUAUUUUGAAAUAAGACGGACAGUGACAUAAAUGGAACAUAGGGACAAGUGAAGAACACUAGUCCUUUAUUCCUUAAAUAUACCCUCUUCCUUCCUUCUUCUUUCUACUUACAUCUACGAGUACUUCUUUCUGCAAAUAUGGUGGUGAAGGUUUCAAUCUUGCUUCUUCUCUCCUUGCUCUCCACUGUCUCUGCCGUUCGCCCAGCUCCUCUUGAAGGACUACUUCCAAAUGGGAAUUUCGAAGAGCAACCAAAGCCAAAAGACCUCAAGAAAAAAACAGUACUCGUAGGCAAAUAUGCUUUGCCCAAAUGGGAAAUCAAUGGCUUGGUAGAGUACAUUUCUGGCGGGCCACAGCCCGGCGGGAUGUACUUCCCAGUCGCCCACGGCAUCCAUGCCGUGAGGCUAGGGAAUGAUGCCUCAAUUUCUCAAACAAUUCCAGUAAAGAAAGGCUCUUUGUAUGCACUCACAUUUGGGGCAUCAAGAACCUGUGCUCAAGAUGAGGUAUUGAGGGUGUCGGUACCUCCUCAAACCGGGGACCUUCCAUUGCAGACCCUUUAUAGCAGCAAUGGCGGUGAUACCUAUGCUUGGGGUUUCUAUGCUACUUCUAAUGUAGUUAAAGUUUCCUUUCAUAAUCCUGGAGUUCAAGAGGAUCCAGCUUGUGGUCCACUCUUGGAUGCUGUUGCUAUAAAAGAACUCUUCCCUCCUCGGCCCACCAGAGUGAAUUUGGUAAAAAAUCCUGGUUUUGAAGAAGGACCUCACCUCUUAAUAAACUCUUCGCACGGAGUCCUUCUCCCUCCCAAACAGGAAGAUUUGACAUCCCCACUUCCAGGCUGGAUCAUUGAGUCACUCAAAGCAGUGAAAUUCUUGGAUUCAGCUCAUUUCAAUGUCCCGUUUGGCCAAGCUGCAGUUGAACUACUUGCAGGGAGAGAAAGUGCCAUUGCCCAAAUCAUUAGGACAGUCCCUAAGAAGGUGUAUGCCUUUGCAUUCACUGUUGGUGAUGCAAAGAACGGUUGCCAUGGCGAUAUGAUGGUUGAAGCAUUCGCUGCUAAAGAAACAUUCAAAGUUCCCUUCAAGUCA